AUGGGAAAGUUGGGUGUGAUAUGGAUUCUGAUUUUAUUUAUAGUUUAUAUUGAUGCAGGAGGCACCGGGGAUAAUGGAUCAAACAGUAGAAACGGUAAUGAAAAUGGGGAACGUAAUGGGAAUGGUGAGUUUAAUGGAGAUGGUGGUAUGACAAAUGGAGGUGGUAUGACAAAUGGAGGUGGUAUGACAAAUGGAGGUGGUAUGUCAAAUGGAGAUGGUAUGAAAAAUGGAGGUGGUAUGAUAAAUGGAGGUGUUAUGACAAAUGGAGGUGGUAUGACAAAUGGAAAUGGUAUGACAAAUGGAGGUGGUAUGCCAAAUGGAGGUGGUGGAGGUGGUAUGACAAAUGGAGGUGGUAUGACAAAUGGAGGGGGUAUGCCAAAUGGAGGGGGUAUGACAAAUGGAAGGGGUAUGACAAAUGGAGGGGGUAUGACAAAUGGAGGUGGUAUGAUCAAUGGAGUCGGUAUGCCAAAUGGAGGUGGUAUGAUAAAUGGAGGUGGUAUGACAAAUGCCGGUGAUAUGCCAAAUGGAGGUGGUAUGACAAAUGGAGGGGGUAUGACAAAUGGAGGUGGUAUGAUCAAUGGAGGUGGUAUGUCAAAUGGAGGUGGUAUGACGAAUGGAGUUGGUAUGUCAAAUGGAGAUGGUAUGACAAAUGGAAGUGGUGUGCCAAAUGGAGGUGAUAUGAUAAAUGGAGGUGGGAUGACAAAUGGAGGUGGUGGAGCUGGUUUUUCAGAUGGAGGUGGUUUGGCAAAUGGAGGGGGUAUAACAAAUGGAGGUGGUAUAAUCAAUGGAGGUGGUAUGACAAAUGGAAGUGGUUUGACAAAUGGAGGUGGUCUGCCAAAUGGAGGUGGUGGAGGUGGUAUGCCAAAUGGAGAUGGUAUGAUAAAUGGAGGUGGUAUGACAAAUGGAGGAGGUAUGCCAAAUGGAGAUGGUGGAGGUGGUUUUCCAAAUGGAGGUGAUAUGCUAAAGGGAGAUGGUAUAGUAAAUGGAGGUGGUAUGACAAAUGGAGGGGGUAUGCCAAAUGGAGAUGGUAUGAUAAAUGGAGGUGGUAUGACAAAUGGAGGUGGUUUUCCAAAUGGAGGUGGUAUGCCAAAUGGAGAUGGUAGAGGUGGUUUACCAAAUGGAGGUAGUAUGCCAAAUGGAGAUGGUAUGAUAAAUGGAGGUGGUAUGACAAAUGGAGGUGGUUUGACAAAUGGAGGGGGUAUGACAAAUGGAGGUGGUAUGACAAAUGGAGGGGGUUUUCCAAAUGAAGGUGUCAUGACAAAUGGAGGUGGUCUGCCAAAUGGGAAUGGUGGAGGUGGUAUGCCAAAAGAAGAUGGUGGAGAUGGUUUUCCAGAUGGAGGUGGUUUGACAAAUGGAGGUGUUGGAGGUGGUAUGACAAAUGGAGAUGGUAUGACAAAUGGAGGUGGUAUGCCAACUGGAGGUGGUGUGAUAAAUGGAGGGGGUAUGCCAAAUGGAGGUGGUAUGACAAAUGCCGGUGGUAUGCCAAAUGGAGAUGGUUUCACAAAUGGAGGGGGUUUGUCAAAUGGAGGUAGUAUGAAAAAUUUAGGUGGUAUGUCCAAUGGAGGGGUUUUUUCAAAUGGAGGUGGUAUGACAAAUGGAGGUGGUAUGAUCAAUGGAGGUGGUUUGCCAAAUGGAGAUGAUAUGACAAAUAGAGGUGGUAUGAUAAAUGGAGGUGGUGAAACGACGCAACCAACUGAAGGUUAUCAUCCAGUAAAACGAAAUAGAGGUGGUAAGCCACAUAUGAAAGGGAGAUCAAGAUCUGGUAGAAGAUGGGUUCCUGAUCCUGACAGUUGGGAUUUCAGUUCCGAUAGCUCUGAUGGUACAUGGAGGUCAAACACAGUACGUGGUGGUCGCAGUUCAAGUAGCUGGGGUAGUGACAAUGGUUGGGAUAGUGAUAGUGACGGAAAUCAUCCAGCUAGCAAUAACAGGAACAAAUUGGUAUCAACAAUUAGAUAUGAUUCUGAUAGUAAUUUGUAUAGUGAUCGAUGGGAUAGUGACUCGGACAGUAGAUUUACAAUAAGAAAAUCAGCGAUGAUAACUAGAGCACCUAAAAGUCCGGUUGGAGUUCGAAACAAUGCUCUAGGCAGUGACUCGGAAUGGUAUAGUGAGGAUUCCAGUGACAUAUCAGAUGAUUUGUAUAGUAUUACAAGUGAAGAAUUGGACAGUAAAAUAAUUAACAAGAAUGGAGGUAAUAAACAGAAUAACAUUAGUAAGGCAGUAUUAAGGCCAAGGGGUGAUUCCGACAGUGAUUGGUAUAGCAGUGAAGAAUGGGAAGACAAAAGGAUUAAAACAAAUGGAAAUAAUAAUAAUAAUUAUAAUAAUAAUAAGAAUAAUAUCAAGGCGGGAAAAAAGGCGAGGGCUCAUUUUAGUGAUUCAGACAGUGAUUGGUAUAGCAGUGAAGAAUGGGAAGCCCAAAAGGAUAACACAAAUGGAAAUAAUGAAAACAAAAAUAAUAUCAGGGCGGGAGAAAAAGCGAGGGCUCAUUUUAGUGAUUCCGACAGUGACUGGUAUAGUAGUACUAGCGAGGAAUGGGACGACAAACUAAUUAAGAAGAAUGGAAAUAAUAAAAAUAACAAUAAAUAUAUCAAGUCGGAAGUAAAGAAGAGGGCUCAUUCUGGUGACUCCGACAGUGACUGGUACAGCGACGAUUGGUACAGCGACGACAAAGACGGCAGAAAUAAUGAUAACGGCGACGAUUGGUACAGCAAUGACAAUGAUUUAUGGGAAAGUGAUAGUUCCGAACGAAAUUUUAAUCCGAAAACUGCAAAUCCCACCAAAGUUCCGGGGAAUGGAAAAGUAGUAAUACCGAAAACGAUUCUUUCCGAGGGAUGGGAAGAUGAUGAUUCAGAUAUGGAUGAUUGGUGGGAGGAUAAGGGAAGAGCAUCAAACAUCGUUAGACGGUUGAAUACUCCAAAUUUAAGAAGUCGUACUGCUUAA